AUGGGGCACCGCAUACCGAAUCCAAGCGGACAAGGUAGCCGAGGUAAAGGAGUACCUCGACAUCCGGGAGAUCAACGGAUAUACGAUCCACUAUACGCCCUUCCAUCCUGCGGACGGGUCGCCAUCCAUCCGCACUCUAUCUACAUCGGCACCCCCGAUAAUGAUCAAUUCACCGGACCGCAAGACCCGCAGGUCCUUGCCGAGCACAUCUACGUCAGUGAAGGUCCCAGCGGUCUGAACAGAGACUACCUGUUGGGUCUGGAGAAGGCCCUCAACGAACUAAGUCCGGAGAGUGGUGAUGCUCACGUCACAGAUUUGUCGGAUCGCGUGCGCGAGAUUGACCGCAAGCGCCGCGAGGGCCAGUUGCAGGUGGAAGGCUUCGAACACCCCGUCUCACACGAGUUUAGAAAAGUGAGCAGCGUAGAUGAGCAGGAAGAGACGGAGAAGGCGUGA